AUGGACAUGUUUAACGGUGACACAGAUCACCAGUUCCACAUCAGUUGGACAAGUUUGUUAGAGUGUUCCACAAUGGAUUGCAUUGCCAGUAUGUUCUGGAUCGUGCAAGCAAACGUUACGCACCCUUGUUUUGAAAGUAAUUACCACUAUUGUAACCAUGAGUACAGGGAGGUUCGUCGCCUGUGGUCUCCCAUGUCGAUAUUUAUGCACAUGUUCAAAGUUUCACAGAAAGUGUUGGUGCGUUUUCAACAGAUUAUAUCGGGCCUUCUCAUAGUAGGUAGUUGUGGAACGAAUAUUUAUUGGAUGGUUUCCAUGGUUUUUGUCCGGCCUACAUUUCGAAAUAAGGGCGGAGAGGGAGAGUGGCCAACCGCUAUGCCCAAAUUGGGCUCCAGGUUGUCAGAGAAAGGAGCCCUAUAUGUUGUGCACUCUUGUGCAGAUUGUCAGAGAAAUAAGGAGAGUGCCGCAGCUGCCCAACAGUCCACAGCAUGCGACUUUCUUCAUUGCAGCCCCUCGUCCUCCGUCUUUGCCAGUUCGGUUCCGAAGCAAUUAGAAUUUUUGACUCUAGUAAUUAAAAAGGCCAUUGCGAAGUUGAGAUUGAGGCACAAGGAGCACAUUGCAUCUUAUAGUGAGGGCAACAAGCGGAGGUUGGUUGGAAAGCACCAGACCGCAAAUACAAACACGUUCUUGUGGAGAGCGGUGAACAGAGGCGCAUCAGUGCGUGUAGAGCUUCUCGCAAGGAGGUCCGAGGAGGCGCGAGGAGGAGGAGGAACAAUUCUCACCAAGAGAAUCGCGCUCUUUUUGAGACAGAUGCCGUUGGUGAAGCGAGAGAACAUGUUGUUCAGGAAUUAAUGCGUUCAAAAGACCCCAAGCCACACGCACAUGAUUUGAUCUUGCAAGCUCAGGACUUUGGGUUCCAGUUAUCCGAUUUUUGACCCAAGCCGACAAAGAGGAGCUUGCUCAGUCACAUUUUUUUAUUCUUUAGAAGCUCAGAAAUGCUUGGGUUUUUCGGACCAAUCCAUAUUUUUCAUGUACGCCAUCUCAACUAUGUCUCUGUGUGCAAAUUCAAUUUUGUGUGCAAUGAAUACAGUAAUAUACAGGUUGUGCAAUUGGAAUAAAUUAAACUUUAAAUUUU